CCGUCCCUCUCCUACGACGCCCCUGCGCCCCACACAUCCUCGCCCGUUCAGCAGAUCCCCAUCAUCCGCGACGAGCGAGUCCAUCCUGCCGCUGACGGAACUUACAGCUUUGACGUUGAGACUGGGGAUGGUAUCGUCAGGCACGAGUCCGGCGGUCCAGGUGGCGCACAACAGGGAACCGUCAGUUUCACUUUCCCAGAUGGCCAGGUCUUCAAUCUCCAAUUCGUCGCUGAUGUUAACGGUUACCAACCUCAGUCGCCCUUCUUGCCCGUCGCCCCUGCAUUCCCCCACCCGAUCCCCGCCCACGCCCUCGAGCAGAUCGAGCGUGGCCGACUUGAACUCGAAGCUCGCGCCCGAGAAGAACAACGUCAGUCAUCAAGCCAGGGACAAGCCGACCCUUCUCGCCUUUACGGUCAACCUCAGUAAAGUGUUUCCCACUGAACUUCAACGACAAUAUGCUCUUGUUACUCUUAUCCUACUCCAAUCUAUAUUUUCUCAUCGCCCCAAUAUGCGAAUUCCGUACAGCGUUUUACCAUUGAGUGUUAUACCUGUUUAUAAAUAAA